UUAAUAUAUUACAUAUACAUAGUACGUCACUAAUGAAACAUUAAAAUGAAUUCGUUAACAAAUUCGUUUUUUCCAUGGAGAGCCAUUGCUUUACGGUUUUGCCCACGCGCCAAGCUGCAAACACCCUCGAACAAAUUUUCAUCGUCAUCACUUACGUUAGCGAAGCAAGGAACUCGAUCACUCGUCAGCCUAUAAAUUAUAAUUGUAGUCUCCAGCCACCAUAAAUCAACCACAAGUCGCUCAAUACCAACAAAGAUUAGUCAAUCGAUCAGCACUUGGAAGUCGAAUUCAAUUUAGAAUCAUCAAUGGAAAAGCCGCAGCAGCACAUCCUGGUGGCCUGCUAUCCUGCCCAAGGCCACAUAAACCCCACCCUCCGCCUCUCCAAACGCCUAGCCCAUGAAGCAGGAGUUCGAAUCACCUUCUCCACCGCCGUCAACGCCCACCGCCGCAUGUUCCCAAACCAAGAAGCAGGAGUACUCCAUGACGAUCUCUUUGCUUACAUCCCCUAUUCCAAUGGUUAUGACGACGGCUUCGACCCUAAGAUACACGACAUUAGAACAACCAUGUACGACAGCAAGCAAAAUGGCUCCAGAAGCCUCGCCUCCAUCGUUGAUGAUCAAGCCGCACGCGGCCAACCCGUCACCUGCAUAAUCUACUCUUUCUUCAUGUCGUGGGCAGCCGAAAUAGCUCGCGAACGCGGCAUCCCAUCCUUCCUUUUCUGGAUCCAGCCCGCCACAGCUUUCGCGGUCUAUUGGCACUACUUUCACGACUACAAGAGCAUCCUGGCCGCCAACGUUAGUGACCCGUUAAGCGUCGUGAACCUUCCCGGGCUGCCUCCGAUGAGGAUCCGUGAUCUUCCCUCCUUCGUCACCGAAAACUCACCUGAAGGCCCCUAUGCUGUAUUUACUCCUUUUAUUCGGGAGAUGUUUGAGAUGCUGGACACGGAGAUUUCGAUACAGAGCUCGAAGCCAAUGGUGAUCUCGAACACGGCAGAUGAGAUGGAAGCGUCGGCCAUUAUGUCUGUAGCCGAUGAGGUAAAUAUCGUCGGAAUUGGUCCGUUGCUGGAGGAUACAGUGGAAGGGAGUUUGUUUAAGUCGGAUGAUAAGAAAGAGUACAUGGAUUGGCUCGAUAGGCAGGAGGAGAAGUCGGUGGUGUAUGUUUCUUUUGGGAGCAUCUCAGUGCUGCAGAAGGAUCAGUUAGAGGAAAUAUGGAAAGGGUUGAGGCGGAGCGGGAGGCCUUAUUUAUGGGUGGUGAGGAAGGACAACAGGUGGGAAGGGCAGGAACUUGAAGAAGAUGAGGAUGAAGAAGUGAAGAAGGGGAUAGUGGUGGAGUGGUGUUCGCAGGGGAGGGUGCUUGAGCACAAGGCCGUGGGGUGUUUCGUGACGCACUGCGGGUGGAAUUCAACGGUGGAGAGUCUUUUGUGUGGCGUGCCGACGGUAGCGGUGCCACAAUGGACGGAUCAGUUAACGAACGCGUGGCUGAUGGAGAAGGCGUGGGGGACGGGUGUGAGGGCGGAGGUGAGCAAGGAUGGGUUAAUGGAAGCAGACGAGUUGCGACGGUGCCUUGAGAUUGUGAUGGGGGAGGGGGAAAGACCUGAGGAAAUUAGGAGGAAAGCGGAUAUGUGGAAGGAAAAAACUCGUCAGGCGACUGUAGCAGGAGGUUCAUCGCAUAGAAACUUAAUGAGAUUUGUGCAGGAGAUAGCAAGCUGAUCUGUGGGCAUAAAUUUAUUAUUAUUAUUAUUUACUAUUGAUCGAAUAUUCAUUUUCAUCCAACUCAUCUUGUUCUGUUGGUUGAGAACUUAUGCUUUCAACUAAGAGGUAUGGGUUGAGUCUUUGUGUUUGCGUUGUUUGUGUGAGUUUGCCUUAAAUGGCCUAAAUGUUCAAAAAAAAAAAAUAUUCAUUUUCUUCCUUGAAUUAAUGGGCCACUUUCUAUU